UCGCCACCAGUUACAUUCCAGCUGUUGGGAUUGGAGUUGGAAGUUCGGCACGGGCUCCCACCCUCCCUCUCUAUUGUCUUUGGCGCGCGGUGACCCCUCCCCUCAUGUCAUGGCUUCUUCCGAUGUGGCUCGGCAGCUGUACCAUCAACCUGAUAUUGGAAUGAGAGGACCCUUUACUUCACCAACAGAUAGUCAUGAGGCAGGAAAAAUCAAUUGGUUAACAAAUCUAUCCACCAGGGAUUUUGCUUCAACAUUCUCAGUAUUGGAGAGACAGGAAUUGGAAAAUCAACUUUGAUUGAUACCUUGUUCAAUACCUCUUUUGAUGAUCAUGUGUCAACACACUUUCAGCCAAAUGUGAGGCUUAAAGCUCAGACUUAUGAGCUUCAGGAAAGCAAUGUCCGAUUGAAGCUAACAAUUGUAAAUACAGUUGGAUUUGGGGACCAGAUAAACAAAGAUGAUAGAAACAUGGAAAGAGAGACAGGAAUUGGAAAAUCAACUUUGAUUGAUACCUUGUUCAAUACCUCUUUUGAUGAUCAUGUGUCAACACACUUUCAGCCAAAUGUGAGGCUUAAAGCUCAGACUUAUGAGCUUCAGGAAAGCAAUGUCCGAUUGAAGCUAACAAUUGUGAACAUUAUUCCAGUUAUAGCCAAAGCAGAUACAAUUUCUAAAUCUGAACUACAGAAGUUUAAGAUCAAAAUAAUGAGUGAGCUGGUCAGUAAUGGAGUUCAAAUAUACCAGUUUCCAACAGAUGAUGAGAGCAUUGCUAAAAUUAAUGCUACCAUGAAUGGACACUUGCCAUUUGCUGUAGUGGGGAGUACAGAAGAGAUGAAGAUUGGUAACAAAGUCGUAAAGGCUCGCCAGUAUCCUUGGGGCAUUGUGCAAGUUCUGAAUCUGCGAGUGUUUGUCAUUGAUAACCAAACAGAGGUUUAUUUCCCAAUUGCCCUCGUGUUCAGACCACCCUAUAAUCUCUACAAAUGCAGGGUACCAGAUAGCAAGAAGACCAGUUAUAGAGAAAGUCUACAGGAGACAUAUGAAGCUAAAAGACAUGAAUUUCUUGGAGAAUUAGAACGGAAACAAGAAGAAAUGAGACAAAUGUUUGUGCAAAGAGUCAAAGAGAAAGAAGCACUGCUAAAAGAAGCAGAGCGAGAACUUCAAAUGAAGUUUGAACAUUUGAAACGACUACAUCAGGAAGAGAGAAUGAAAGUGGAAGAAAAAAGAAAGCUUCUGGAAGAUGAAAUUAUUGCAUUCAACAAGAGGAAAGCUGCCUCAGAUAUAUUGCAAGGGAGGCCUCUGCCUCCUACACCUACAGCUGGUUUUAAAAAAGAUAAAGAUCGGAAAAACCCCGGUUUUAUGUGAAUUGGAGAAGAAAUUCUUCACAAAUCUGAGAGGAAGAAAGAUGGAUUGUUACCUCCUUUCUUUUUCUUAAUGUGUGUUCAUUUGAAAACUGACCGCUGCAACUGUAUUAAAAUAUAUAAUCAGUUCUGCAUUCUGUACUAUAAGUUGCUGUCAAAUUAAGAAUUCACUCAAAUGGACUUAUUUUUUUUUUCAGUAGCUUGCACUUAAACUAUGUACUUUUGCCAACAGAAAUGCACAUCAGCCUUCUGUACCAAAGAUCACCGUGCUAUGAACUAUGGCUCUUGUGCUUUGGAUCUGAAGGCAAAUGACAGCUUCAGAGUGCAUUGGGGCAUAAAUCUAGCACGGGUCUGCAACUAGCUUUCCUGCCACUGCUCAGUGAGGGAGGAGAACAGCUGCUCAGUUGCAAGGAGAGCUUUAAGGAAAGCAGAGAAAUGCCACAUUCAUGGGUCUAAAGCCUCAGAAGCUCCUUUUGCCUUAGAAUCUAAAGCACACCAAAGCUCUGAUAUAAACAGUUUUCAUUUAAGUUACGAAUACUGUAGUAUAAUAGUAUUCAUUGACUACACAUUAUAAUUUUUAAAGAAUUUGUGCCUUAACUAUAUAGCCUUUAAAGUGCCUUUUACUGAACUGUAUAAAAUAUGUAAACCAAUAUAUUUUAAAAUGUGCACUUUGUAAUUUUGUAAUGAUGACAAGCUUUAGAGUUAAAGUGGAUCAUGGUUGCUUUUACCGUUGCAGUAUUCAUGCAAGUACAGACAUUACUUGAAAACCGAUAACUGAAAAUUAACUUGGUUGCAAGGGUGUCUUCUUUUUAAGCCACUUUUUCUCAUCUACACAAUAUGAACGCUGGGAACAGUCAUUUUGAAAAUUUUAAUAAAAAUCCUGACAACUUCAUAUUCAUUUAAACAUGUUCCUUGACACAAAGCCUUCCAUCAAUUUUAAUUCUUAUAAUUUAACAUUAACUAGAUGCACAAGUGGUAGAAGAAGAAGAAAAUAAAAGUGAAACUCUAUUUUUUUUCCUGAAGUGACCUUGAAUAGGGUUGAAUCCCAUGCUUGCUUACUUGGACAAAAGUUCUAUUCUUCAAAGAAGCAAUAUCUUAAUUUUGAAAUUAUCCAUUACUUAGGCAACCAGGAGUCCUGGUGCUCCCUGUUUACUAAUAAAUAUAGCAGUUGCUUAUGUAA